ACUGAUGAACCAGAGGUUUGAUACAUUACAUCAAUCGUCCUUUACCUCCAGCCACACUGAAUAUAACUCCAGUAGCUUUGCAGAGAAAAGCUCGCAGACGGACAAUUCCUGGAAUUUUCACCCCAUUCAGGGUUUUCCGACGUCACGUAAACGCAACACGUUGCUGUCUUGUAGCUUCGGUCUGAGUGUGCUGCUUUCAAGCUGGGACUGUCCUAGAUGAGGAGCUGUCGAAGAAUACUAUCGACCGGACCUGUAUAAAUUGCUAUCAUGGUGAACCAGGUGCAGCAAGGUGAUGGUAGCUGGCAGCUUUGCAAGGCAGACCCCAGUGGGAGCAGCAGCAGCGGGGCAAGCUCCAGGGAGAGCUCCAGAUGUUCCACACCAGUGCUGGACUCAGAUGGUUCUCACAGGCUGCGUGACAAGAUGCGAAGGAGGAUUGAGUCUGGAGAUCAUUGGUUCUCUCUGGAGUUUUUUCCUCCUCGCACAGCCAGCGGAGCUGUCAAUCUCAUAUCAAGAUUUGAUAGAAUGGGUGCUGGUGGCCCUAUGUUUAUAGACAUUACCUGGCAUCCAGCAGGAGAUCCAGGCUCAGACAAGGAAACAUCCUCAAUGAUGAUUGCCAGUACAGCAGUCAACUAUUGUGGUCUAGAGAGCAUCCUCCAUCUGACUUGCUGCAACCAGACCAAAGAGAAGAUCACAGGCUAUCUGGCCAAAGCCAAACGCCUUGGACUGAAGAACAUCAUGGCACUGAGGGGAGACCCAGUGGGAUCAGACUGGGAGGAAGAAGAAGGAGGCUUCAACUAUGCUGUCGACCUUGUAAAACACAUCCGCUCAGAGUUUGAGGAGUACUUUGACAUUUGUGUUGCAGGCUAUCCCACAGGUCAUCCUGAGGCAGAAAGCUACCAGAACGAUCUCCAGCACCUAAAAGAAAAGGUGGAGGCGGGAGCAGACUUUGUUAUCACUCAGCUCUUUUUCAGGGCAGAGUCAUUCCUGAAGUUUUUGGAUGACUGCAGAGCUAUCGGAAUCACCUGUCCAAUCCUACCUGGAAUCUUCCCCAUUCAGGGUUACCAGUCCCUGCGUCAGCUUGUCAAACUAUCCAAACUGGAGGUACCGGAGGAGAUCACCAAGGUCAUCGAGCCCAUCAAAGACAACGAUGCUGCCAUUCGUAAUUAUGGGAUCCAGCAGGCUGUGGAGAUGUGCCGUGUGCUGCUGGACAGUGGCAAAGUGCCAGGCGUCCACUUCUACACUCUGAAUAGAGAGGUGGCCACCAUGGAGGUCCUCCGGCAGCUGGGUCUGUGGGUAGAAGACCCGAGGCGUCCUCUUCCGUGGGCAGUGAGCGCUCAUCCCAAAAGGAAAGUAGAAGAUGUUCGACCCAUCUUCUGGGCCUCCAGGCCCAAGAGCUACAUCUACAGAACCCAGGACUGGGAUGACUUCCCAAAUGGAAGAUGGGGAAACUCCUCUUCUCCAGCAUUUGGGGAACUGAACGAUUAUUACCUGUUCUACUUGAAGAGUAAGUCGUCUAAAGACGCUCUGCUGCAGAUGUGGGGAGAGGAGCUGAAGAACGAAAAGAGCGUCUUUGAGGUUUUCACCAACUACAUCACAGGGCAAGCCAACCCCAGUGGACACAAGGUGAUGUGUUUGCCGUGGAAUGACGAGCCCCUGGCUCCCGAGACAAACCUUCUGCAGGAUGAGCUGGAGAGGGUUAAUAAACGAGGAGUUCUCACCAUUAACUCCCAACCCAGCAUUAACGGAAAACCCUCCACAGAUCCCAUAGUAGGAUGGGGUCCUGCAGGAGGCUACGUUUUUCAAAAGGCCUACCUGGAAUUCUUCACUUCCAGUGAAAAUGUGACAGCUCUCCUCAAAGUGCUGAAGAAGUAUGAACCUCGCGUCAACUACCACAUCGUUAACGUGCAUGGUCAUAAUCUGACCAAUGCUGCCGACAUGCAACCUAACGCAGUAACGUGGGGGAUUUUUCCUGGCAGAGAGAUUGUUCAGCCUACUGUGGUGGAUCCAGUCAGUUUUAUGUUCUGGAAGGAUGAAGCUUUCGCCUUGUGGAUUGAGCAGUGGGCCAAACUCUACGAAGACGAGUCUCCGUCACGGAUGAUCAUCAAGUAUAUUCACGACAACUACUUCCUGGUCAACCUAGUGGACAAUGAUUUCCCUCUGGAAAACUGUCUGUGGCAGGUCAUAGAAGACAUGUUUGAGACGCUGGAUGCUCCUCCUGAACCUACGGAAGACAAUGCUUACCAAAAUACUGCGACACCAUAGGAAAACCAAGCGGAGCAGGUUCGGAAAGGGAAUUCAAUACAAACUCCAGUUUUGGUAAAAAUGUGGAACUUUACACUAAAAUGAACUUCAUAUGAAACUGUGUAAUACAAC